AUGAAUAAAUAUUCAGAUCUAUAUCAAAGACCUUUAACCUCUUUCAGUUCAAGUAACUUCUUCAGUUCAACAAAAUCACCCCUCACUAGUAGGGCUGCGCCAGUCGAAUUCCAAAACUUCAAUGAAGCAUUGUCAAGUGACAAAUUACUUGCAAACCAAUUAUUUUCAAAAUCAUGAGAAGCUCUUUACUCUCCGCGAUCAUCAGCCUAUCAAGACACCCAGAGAAGUGGUAAAUCUAUUGAUGACUCCCAGUAUCAAAUUUCUGUAAAAUUUCCAGAUCGACCUAAAACUUCUUCAAUUAGUGGUCUUACCUUCCAAGAAAAUGAACGAGUUAUGAGCAGUUCCAGAACUUUGCUUACUUCAAGAGAUAAUGUUUCAUUUCCAUCAGUUUUCAGCUCAACUCAAAAACUGCCAGGCGAAAAAGAUUUUAAUCGGAUUUUAAACAAAAUCGAAAUGAUUGUUUCAAACAAAUAUCUUGGCAAUAGAGGUGCAACUCUUAGAGAAGGCGAACCAAUAGAAAUUAUGGCCGAACAAUCUUCAAUUAGCUUCUUAAAAGUUUACACUAAAGGGAAAAGAUGCCCAAUGAGGGUUCAUAUAAAAAAGUAUAGAGGGAAGCUAAUAGUUUAUACGUCGAGACACAACCCUGAGCCUACUGAAAGUUUGCAUGACGAAAGUUUUAAAGUUGACUCAUUUGAAAUUUCAGACCCAGGUCUAAAAUUCAAAAACGAAUACAUGCAUUUUGGAAUCCAAACCCUUGAAGAUUCCACAUUUUCUAUAGCAGUUAAUUUCGGAAGACUGAAAAUCUCUCUGAAUAAAAAGAGAAAAACGGAAAGACAAGACACAGCAGUCGAAUUAGAAAGCCUCAGAAAAAAUGAAAUGCUUCAAUAUGAACUUAACAAAAAAGUUGACAAUGCAAUCGCAAAGAGAAAAUUUGAACAAUUACAAAAAUUAAGCGAAAAGGAUUUUCUGAAAAUGAAUAUGAAUAUUCUCCCACCGAAUUCUCCACGUGUUGCACGAGAAAAAGCAAUUUUUCAGAAGAAAAUUGAAGAGAGAAGAAAAAUAGCAAAAGUGCGAAAUAAAUUAUCAAUUCAAGAAAAACAGCAAAGAGCUGUUAAUGUUGUAAAUAAAAAACUGCUAAGAGCAGAAGAAGAGAGGCAGGAAAGAAUAAAACGAGAAGAAUUUAUUUUAUUGCAAAAGGAGCAACAAGAGUGGUUUAUUGUAAUUAAUCUUGCGCUUUCAAUGGUUUCUAUUAGGGAAAGAUGGCUUUCAAAACGGAAAGAGAAAUUAGAUAAUUUUAAAAAAAGCAUGGCGGCUAGAAAAAUUCAAAGUUUUUUCCGAAAACGUAACAAAAAUAAUACAAUCUCAGACCUUUGUAUAAAUCGAGCUAAAGACGCUCUUAUUUUCUAUAUUAACCAUAUAAAACCAAUACAAAUGAGUAAAUUUAGACAUCAAAUAUCAAAAUGUAUCUAUGAGAGUGCAAGAAAUCAUACUUUGCCUCAUCAUUUUUCAGCAUUUACACAGGGCAUUUUUAAUGUUCAAAAAGUAUGACGUGAGUAUAAUACGAAAAAUAAAGAACGAUGGGAAGAAUUGACAUCACUUUGGAAUCAAACACUUGAAAAGAAAAUUCUUGAUUUAAACAAAACAAAACCAGCAAAAGGGAAAAAAAGAAGAGACGAAUCUUCAAAAUAUCUAAAAAUUUCUGCCAUAGCAAGAAAUCAUGUGCUAACUGAAUAUUUUAGAGAUUGCAAGAGAAGCUUUAGAGAAAAAAUCAGAAAGUUUAUAGAGCUUAGAAAAAUGCAUAAAGUAAUUAGGCAGUGAUCAUCAAAAUAUUUGAGAAAUGAUGACCUUGGACUAGAUCAAGAAAAUCUAAUCUUCACAUUCAUGCCAGAUGAAUCAAACAUGCUUCUGCUUAUUGAAAAAGCUAUUGAAAUUGCUAUUAAUUAA